CUCUCUGCCGCGCAGCCAUCAUGCCAAAGGGGAAGAAGGGGAAAGGUAAGAAGGUGGCUCCUGCCCCUUCUGUUCUCAGGAAGCAGGAGCAGAAAAAGACAGUCAACCCCCUCUUUGAGAAGAGGCCCAAGAAUUUUGGCAUCGGUCAGGACAUCCAGCCCAAGAGGGACCUGACUCGCUUUGUAAAAUGGCCGCGAUAUGUCCGUCUCCAGCGGCAACGCUCUAUCCUCUACAAGAGGCUCAAGGUUCCUCCAGCGAUCAACCAGUUCACCCAAGCCCUCGACAGGCAGACCGCCACGCAAUUGUUCAAGCUGGCUCACAAAUACCGGCCUGAGACUAAACAGGAGAAGAAGAAGCGACUGCUGGCCCGGGCGGAACAGAAGGCAGCAGGAAAAGGCGAUGUACCCACAAAGAGACCACCUGUCCUCCGAGCAGGUGUGAACACAGUGACCACUCUGGUGGAGAGUAAGAAGGCUCAGUUGGUGGUGAUCGCACACGAUGUGGAUCCCAUUGAGCUGGUGGUGUUCUUGCCUUCUCUGUGCCGGAAGAUGGGCGUCCCUUACUGCAUUGUGAAAGGAAAGGCUCGUCUGGGCAGACUGGUGCACAGGAAGACCUGCAGCUCCCUGGCUUUCACCCAAGUCAACCCCGAGGAUAAAGGUGCCAUUGGUAAGCUAAUCGAAGCUGUUAGGACAAACUACAAUGACAGAUACGAUGAGAUCCGGAAACACUGGGGCGGAGGUAUUCUGGGGCCCAAGUCUGUUGCUCGCAUUGCGAAACUCGAAAAGGCCAAGGCAAAGGAACUGGCCACGAAACUCGGUUAAUGUUCAUAUUGGUUACUUUUUGCAAACGGAUAUAAAUAAACU